UGCCGAUUUAAAUGUUACGCCACAUGUUGCUAAAAAAUCUAAAGUUUUAGACAAAUAUAAUCCAUUCCGCAAACAUUUAGAUAUAGAAGAAGCGAUUAAAUUACAUAAUAGAAGACAAUACAAGAAAGCAUGGAAAUUAUUUAAAGCGAUUGAAGUAAAAACUGGGUCACCUGAAGCAAAAUUUUGUGUAGGAUAUUAUUAUCUUAAAGGUCAUCAUGAGGGUCGUGGUGGUAAACCAGACCCAGAUUCAAGUUUAAAAUAUUUAUAUCAGGCGGCGAAAGAAGGUCAACGUAACGCUCAAUAUUGGUACGCUGAAGUAAUAUUAAAUUCAAAUUAUAAUUUAAAAGCCCAAAAAGAUGACAGAAACCAUCAACUUGCGAUCCAAUAUUUAGAGAAGGCUUCAAACCAAGGUUGUAUUUCCGCUAUGAGAGACUUGGGAGAAAUUAGGAAGAAAGGAAAGUACGGUAGCUCUCCUGAUAAGUAUGUUGGAAAAGAUUUGAUUAAUAAAGCUCGCACUAUGAGCUUACUUUGUACCCUAGACGGUAUACAGUAA